CUUUUCCUCUUUGGCACUCCUUUGUCUUCUCUAAAACCCCUAAAUCUCCUCUUUUUCCCCUUUAUGUUGAGUCUCAUCUUGUUGACAGAGGAGGAGAUCUUAACCUCUCUCCUGAGUUGAAUUCCUUUCUCGGCACGAAUUCCUUUUUCUCCUUUCACCUGUCCACCUGCUUUUGAUCUUUCCCGACUCGCACGGGCUAGUGGGCUCGAUGCAAAGAACUCUUGCUCCACCAGCCUUAUCCAGCUCCUCAUCCACCUCACCGGCCGCAGCUGCUCUACGGCGCACGCUCAAGACACCAUCACACGCUUACGAAGACGACGAAGACGAGUUAUCUGAUCCACGCCCUUGGGAGACCCGAGCGUCUUUACAAACUUACGGUUCAAGGGACGGCAUAGCACCGACAGAGUUACCCAUGUUUAACGAAAAUGAGUCUAGACGUCGAUAUGGUGAGAAGGAAGUGAACAGUACAGUGUCAGAAAAACAAGAUCUUUUAGAUGAUCAAGGGAAGUGGGCCAAAGGUUAUGGGCCGGGACCGAGCUUCAGAGGACGGAGAGGUUUGCCUCCACGUCAGAGACUGACAGGAUGGCGAGGCGUUAUGGUGGAGUACGAAGAAGAAAUAUGGACAGCAGUUUAUACUUUACUCAGUAUGAUCACUCGGUAUUGGCGUAUAGGUGCAGCCAAUUAUGUCGUAUGGGAUGAAGCUCACUUUGGUAAAUUCGGGUCCCAUUAUAUCAACCGAGACUUCUACUUUGACGUUCAUCCUCCCCUUGGAAAGAUGCUGGUCGGGCUCGCUGGACUGCUGUCAGGUUAUAAUGGUGGAUUCGAAUUCAAGUCUGGUGUCGAAUACCCCGAAGGCUUACCAUACACCACGAUGAGGGUGAUGCUCGCUAGCUUUGGGGUGGCACUUGUACCUAUUGCAUGGUGGACAUCUGGGGAAUUCGGGUGGUCGCGCUGGACGCGGCAUUGGGUCACAUUGUGCGUUCUAUGUGAUAUCGGAUGGUUGUGUAUCUCCAGAUUCAUCCUUUUGGAUUCCAUGCUGCUCUUUUUCACCUUCACAACGACCCUUGGACUAGUUAAAUUUCAUAGCCAACGACACGAUCCUUUCGGGGAAGAUUGGUGGAUAUGGCUGGCAUUCACUGGCUGGUCAAUCGGAUGUGUUUGCAGUAUCAAAUGGGUUGGCAUGUUCGUCACCGCUCUUGUGGGACUCUAUACUAUUGAAGAUUUAUGGGACAAAUUUGGUGAUUUGUCCAUGCCUCUGUCUACAUAUAUACGCCACUGGGUAGCCCGUAUAGGCUGCCUGAUGGUCCUACCCUUUGUCGUCUAUGCCGCAUGUUUCAAAAUUCAUUUUCUCAUCCUCAAUCGCUCCGGUCCGGGCGAUGCUCAAAUGUCUUCUCUCUUCCAAGCCCACUUGAAAGGCAUCGACUUUUCUGAAUCACCCCUCGAGAUUGCCUACGGGUCUAAACUCACCCUUAAGAACUACGGCUACGGCGGCGGUCUCUUGCAUUCUCACGUGCAGACUUUGCCUGUGGGGUCACUUCAGCAACAGGUCACAUGCUACCACUACAAAGAUGAUAACAACCAUUGGGUUAUCACACCUACUUGGGAGGAGGAUCCGGUAGACUUCGACGGGCCGAUCAGAUAUCUGCAGCAUGGAGAUGCUCUACGAUUGGUCCACUCCUCCACCGGCCGCAAUUUGCACUCUCAUUCUAUUGCCGCGCCCGUCACCAAGGAGAACUGGGAAGUUUCGGGGUAUGGGAAUGCGACCAUUGGAGAUGACAAUGAUAUAUGGGUGGUAGAGGUUGUCGAUGAUACUCAUCGAAGUCGAAAAGAUCAGAAAGACGGUAGAAUUCAUUCACUCACCACUCGCAUGCGAUUCCGACAUCGUACCCUGGACUGUUACCUCCGAGCCGCCAACGCUGUUCUUCCUCAAUGGGGAUUCAAACAAGUCGAGGUAUCCUGUGUCAAAGAAAAUAACCCACGUGAUCUCCAUACGUAUUGGAAUGUCGAGUCUCACUGGAACGAUCGUCUCCCUCCUGGCGAUCUCAAGCUCUACAAGUCACCGUUCUGGCGAGAUUUUGUUCAUCUCAAUGUGGCUAUGUGGACCUCUAAUAAUGCCCUGGUACCCGAUCCAGACAAGGAAGAUAUCCUUGCGUCUAAACCUGGGGAUUGGCCUUUCCUUCGACUCGGUCUGCGAAUGUGUGGGUGGGGUGACUCGCAGAUCAAAUACUACCUACUCGGUACGCCAAUAAUAUGGUGGGCAUCUAGUGUCAGCUUGUUUGUCGGAUUGGGACUGGCCGGAUGGUACCUUUUGAGAAUGCAAAGACAAUAUAAGGACUGGGCUCCGGGACAAUGGGAUCACUUUUUGUACGUUGGAAAAGUGGCAUUCUUCGGAUGGUUCUUACAUUAUGUGCCAUUCCUGAUCAUGGGUCGAGUGACUUAUCUUCAUCACUAUCUCCCAACACUCUGGUUCGCAGUUCUCAUGGCUGGUCAAGUCUUAGAUCACCUCAUCUUCUCAUCCCCUCGACGGUCGCAUACGGUCAAAGUGACUUGGUUCGUACUAUGGGCGUCGGGUGUCGUGUUGAGCUUUUGGUGGUUCAAGGAUCUGGCGUUGGGGAUUCAUGGACCUGUGGGAGAUCACUGGGGUUGGAAGUGGCGUUCGAGCUGGAACAUAUACAACUAAAAGCACAUCAUACUGCAUGCAUACAACUCGCUUCAU